CCGCCCUCUCGCGGGCGGCGUCGCCUCAGUCACCCCGGCGCGCCUCGCCCAAUCAGGAGCGAGCACGAGGCGGAGGCGGCGGCGGCGACGGCUCGGGCGAAGGGACAAACUUGGCGAGCUCGGAUUCGGCCUUCGCUUCCCUCCAGAGGGACCAGGCAUGGCUGCGGGGGCUCUUUGCGCCCGGCGCUGCCUGGGCAGGAUCAGGACCCCUCCGUGGGCCGUUUGGAAGGCCAGGAUGAGCCAGGAUCGGGCCGAGCCGCCCAAGGGAGUCUCCCCCAGCAGCGAGAAGGAAUCCAGGCGGUUCCCAAAGAUCUACACGAAAACCGGAGAUAAAGGGUUUUCCAGCACCUUCACUGGUGAGAGGAGAGCGAAGGAUGACGAGAUUUUCCAGGCCCUGGGGACGCUGGACGAACUGAACUCAGCCGUAGGAUUAUGUGCAGAGUUUGGGGAGGAGAGUGGCCACACUUUCAUGGAGGAACUUCACAGGGUCCAGUGUGUUCUGCAAGAUGCCGGUGCUAACGUGGCAACGCCCGUCUCCUCCGCCAGGGAAUCUCACUUAAGACGGACGACGUUCAGCGAGCAGCCCGUUCUGGAGCUUGAAGCCUGGAUUGACAGAUACACGGACCAGCUCCCUCCCCUCCGAGCUUUCAUUUUGCCCUCUGGGGGCAAAAGCAGUGCCACGCUUCACCUGACCCGAGCCAUCUGUCGCAGAGCCGAAAGAUGUGUUGUCCCGUUGGUGAAAGCAGGAGAAGCAGAUGCGAAUGUGGCCAAAUAUUUGAACAGAUUAAGCGACUACCUCUUCGUCCUGGCCCGUCACGCGGCCCACAAAGAAGGGAAGAAAGAGAUGAUCUACGUGAGGCCAGACGUGUAAGAAGGGACGCCCUGGAAGGCCAAAAGCGGUACGGAGCUACGGGGCACACCUUCGACCAUCGUGGGAGGUCUUCGGGGAGGGGACCAUGCGAAGCGUUCAGCUUCAGGGGCUCAGCCCCUUUCCCUGUAACUCCACCUUAAUUAAAAGAACCCCGAACAAUUGACAUUGAGGGCUAAAACAGACAAGAUGGAACAGUUUGCCGUUAGAAGCAGAGCUGGCUUGAACAGGAAAAGGCAUAGGAUUAACCCGCCUCUUUCAUAGUUUGUACACGUCAGUAAGUUGGGUUUGCUUCUGUUUGCCGCCGGGCUGUGGCUAACUGUUUGCGUGUUGAUCCGGUGCACAUGGCGCCUAGGCAUCUCUCAUGUGUAACCUUCCUGACCCUGAU